AUGGGGAUCGUCUCCACUGAAUCUGUACCCGAGGCCCUCCUCUCUGUUGCAGAGAAGGCCCUCAACUCGCAGCCCCUCUUCUUGGGGCUUUCGGUGCCUCAGCUUACUCGCAUAGCUCGCGAGCUGUACGUACACCUCAAAAACAACGGCAAAGACACUCUGGCGCAGCAGGCUAAAGUCCUUUUGGAGCCGGAGGCCAUCGCUAAGGCCCUGCAGCAGCUGCAGCAGCAGCAACAGCAGCAACCACAGCAGCAGCAGCAGCAACAACAACAACAGCAACAGCAACAGCAGCACCACCAUCAUGCAGGGCCGUGCUCCGUCACCUCCUGCCCCUGUUGCAUGCACAGAGCUGCGCUGUUGGGGCCCCAAGCGGCGCCCCUGCAGCCGCAGAUUGUCCCCGUGCUGCUGCCGCAGCAGCAGCCCCAUUGCACACUCCAGCUGCCUUUGCAGCUGCAGCACCAGCCAAGCAUGCCCUCCCAGCAGCAACAUGAAGGGCACGCGCAACCCCACCCGCCACAGCCGCAGCAGCAGCAGCAACAGCAGCAACCAGAGCAGCAGCAACAGCAGCAGCAACAGGAGGUGCAGCAGACGUCUCGAAAGGCCUGCAUUGCUCGGCUGUUGUUUGCCCUGAUAGCAGCAAAGUUGGCGCGUGAGGGUAUGCAGCACUUGCAGAAAAUGAGCAGCAGCAGCAGCAGCAGCAGCAGCAGCAAGAGCAAGAGACAGGUGUAUGUUGCUUCUGAUUCCGAUGGGUCUGGCAUAGGCUCUGUCUCUGUGGAGGGUCUUGCUGCUGCUCUUGCCCCGGAGAGGGGUUUCUUUGCUGGGAUAUCGCAAGAUUUGCUGCUGUCCCUGCAGCGAGUUGUUGCUGCUGCAGUGGAUGGUGUCAAUGCAGCAAUGGGUGCAGCAGGGUACGCAGCAUGGGGCUCCCAAAGGGGCUCAGUGGGGCCUCAGGGGGGGCCCCGCGGCGAGCUGGGGGGCCCCCCUAAAGAGCUUCCUCCUCUCUAUAGCUCAAAGGCAGAGCAGGGCAAAGUAGAGUUAAGCGAGCAUGAAGAAUAUGCCGAUGAACUAGUUAAAAAGCUGCUGCAGAUUAAAAAUGCAAGGAGUCUGGCUUCUCUCAAGUUGCUGCCGCCUGUACACACCAACAAACAGCAGCAGCAGCAGCAGCAGCAGCAACAGCAGCAGCAGCAGAAUCAGCAGCAAGGCCUGCAACAGAGGCAGCGAGACCUGCAACACAGCAAACAGACAAGGGGGGCAGACAACCAGCAGCAGCAGCAGCACAAACAGCAGCAGCAGCGGCGCGCUAGUGUAGCCCCGCAGCCAGAAGCGGACGAAAAGGCUCUCGAUGAGGAGUUUAAAGGUUACCUUCGCGCUGCUGAGCAGCACAAGGGCCCCAACCCCCUUUCUGUGGAGCAGCAGCUUGCCUUCUACGGUUUAUAUAAAAGGGCUACUGCAGGUCUCUGUCCCUCCAAGCAGCCUUCGCGCUUCAACAUACGCGAAUACAAGAAAUGGGAGGCCUGGAGGGCCUGCAAUUCGUUGUCUGCAUUGGAGGCUAAGAAAGAAUACGUAAGGCGAGCACGCGAGCUUAAGAAGCUGCAUGCGAGGCUCUAG